UCUACAGUGAGGGGGAGGGAAUGAGUCAAUGAGUGCGCUUCCUGUGGCUAUCGUGACCACGGAUGGGACAAGACAAGAGGACUAGGCAGAAGGGUGAAAUCUCUACUACACUUAUCUGUUCUCAACAGUGCUGGCUGGCUCGUUGACAUCUGAUCUCUCGGCAUGGUUUGCCUGUGUCUACUUCCGCUUUUUCUCUCUGUGGUCGGUGCCAUUGACUUGCAUGUGCCCGAUAUUCCUGUCACUGGACUACUGGAUGAUGAUGUGACCCUCCCAUGCUGGUUCUUUACACCAGCUGACUUUUCCUUAAAUGAUCUCAGUCUUAUCUGGAAGUUGGCAGGCCCACAGCAAGUUCAUGCCUUUUACCAGGGUCAAGAUCAGCUUGAAAACCAGGACCCCAACUUUAAGAACCGUACAAGCCUUUAUGUAGAAGACCUGCAACGAGGCAACAUGUCUCUGCAUCUGCAAGGGGUCCGACUCUCUGAUGAAGGAACCUACAAGUGCUUUGUCAAUGUGAAUACCUCAAGCUCUGCAGCCUUGCGCCUUCAAGUGGCGGCUGCAUUUACUAAGCCCACCCUACACUUAGAGCAAAGUGAUGAUCUGAAGCCUGGGGACCAAGUGACAGUGACAUGUCACUCCUACCAUGGCUAUCCUGAAGCGGAUCUUCUGUGGCAAGAUGGUGAGGGUCGCAACCUGACGGAGAAUAUCACAACUUCACAGGUGGCUAAUGAGGAGGGGUUGUUCCAUGUUCAGAGCUCUAUAAGUUUCAUCUUGGAGACUAGCAACACUUAUACCUGCUUGGUAUAUAAUCCUUUACUGAAUGAUGUGACACAUGCAUCCCUUACUGUCACAGGGCAACACCUUUCCUUCCCUCCAUUGGCCUUGUGGGUGACUGUGGGACUUUGUGCCUGUCUUGUGGCUCUCCUUGUGGCUCUAGCAUGUGUGUGCAGAAAGCAACUCAAACAGACUUGUGAAGAAGACCAGGAAGAAGCAGGUAAUGAAGAGCAAGAAGAGAAUGGAGAGUUAAAGACAGCCAUGCAGCCUUUAAAACCCAGCACUUCUGGAGAAGAUGAUGAUCGAACAUACAUAGAAUGAGAUGCCUUAUUGCUCAGCAAAGACCUCAUCACCAGCUUUAUAACAACAUUUAAAAAAAGGGACAAAACAAAACACUGGACUCUGUGCUGGAUAUUACAAAUAAAACUUCACCGGAAGUUUCAUCAGCUUCAGUCAGACACCUGCCUUAUGAAGAUUGUAUAGUUUAAGCAUUUUUUUUUUUAAUAAAAUUAGGGUAUGUCAAAGUACCUGGUGCUUUAAGAGGGUCCCAACAUGCUUUGUUGAGCUGUGUGUAGGGGCCAUCUGUUUUGUAAACAGAUGCACAUUUUGACUCCCAGUUGCUGUGUAUGGGAGCCUUGUUUUAACCCAGAUGUGCCUGAAUUUAAGUUAUUGCCUAUACUGAAAGAAGCUGUGCUUUCUGAAACCGUUGGUACAUAAUGUACAGUCUGCACAAAGUAAAUGACACUGGGUCUCAGAGCAACAGGAAAUGGUCAGGACACUUUCCCACAAAGCACACUAACAUGUGGAUUGGGAAUUUUUGUUAAGAGCCUAUGUUAGCUAUGCUAAGAAAGUGUCUAUACUAAGAGCAAUUUGUUGGUUCCCUAAAAAAAAAAAAAGUGUGUGUUUUUGUUGUUAAUAGGUGACCUAAAUUAACUCUUACUAAUGUAUUAUAUGAAUAAUUAUGUGGAGUUUCCUUUACAGUAAUAAAUCCGCAGGACGGAAAAUCUUACAAUAGAAGUUGUAGAAAAACUGCUUGAGGGACGUUCAAUCUGGUACUCGAAAAGCCAGAGAAAAAGUAGCAAUACAGUGCCUUAAAACAUUGCUGUCUUGAAGAAUAAUGUAUAUAUAUUAUUUUUUUUUAAGAAAUGCAAUAGGUUUAAUUGUGUAGGUGCAGAUUUGUGAAUAAAAAGUAUUGAAGCCAUUGUA